UUCUCAGUUUCAAAACGUUGAAACUUGAUUUUAAAAACAAACAACCGGACCAAUACGUGCACGUCGAGAUUGAAUUAAAAUAAAGAGUGGAUCAUAAUUGAAGGCAAUGUGAAAGGAACAAGCAACCCAUUUGACUGGAAUUUCAAGGCGUAGAAUAACGCAAUUUCCACCACCAUUUCAAGCCCAAAUGUUGAACUUCCGACACCCAUUUCCAGAACAUAGGUAAACAAAUUCCAAGCACCUAGCAAUGUCUUCACUGACCUGAGAGCUAAGCUUUGUCAAAACCCAUUUUGUAAGUGGCUUUGGUUCCAUUGAAUUCUCUUAAAAAGGUGUCACUUGGAAGCUCAGAAAGCAUCAAGGGAACAGCAGAGGAGAAGAGAGAUGGAGGAGUGGUGUGUGGGUUUUAAUGACAGAGAAGUGAGUAUAUGCUUCGUUGUAUUCAAGCCAUUGGUAUUUGUUGUGGAUCAUUUCGUUGAAGCUCUGAAACAAUUCUCUUUCUCCACCACAAAUCUUGGUUGCAUUCAGAGUUCUGUCCUCAAGAGCAUCCAUGGAAACAUGAUCAUAUGGUGUGGAAUUUGGGCAAAAAGAUCAAUUGAAAACACAGAAUUAUUAUCAGAAGCAAUCCUCAAGAACUUGACAAAAGUAUCAGGCAUGGCAACCAUAAUUGAUAUCAGCUUCUUCGAAGCCUAUGGGGGAGACUCCAUGGAUGGAUCCUGCGUUGCAAGGUUCUCAAAAAACAGAGUAAUAUCAAUGAUUUCAGUGGCUGCAAAGUCCGGCGGCGACAUGAACGAUCUGUCCUACGCUUGCUUGGCUAUAUUCAAGUCCAGAUUUCAGAAGAUUGAAGGAGUGAUAUCUGGGAUUUGCUUGAAAUCACAGAAUAGGUCCACUGUUAUGUCACUUUAUGUCUGGAACUCCCCCUUUUAUUGUUACUCAUGGAUCUUGAACUCCGAUCAUUUGAACUCCAUGAUGCCUUAUCUCGAUCGUUUUUCUCUUUGUAUUAAAUAUGAUGUGUUUCAAGUGGUGAAUGUAAUGGAUGCAAAUGUGGCUGAUUUUCUUGAUUUGGAUCAUCAUGAAGAGGGGAAAAGAGCAAACGUUGCGGUGAAAUAGUAGGUUUUUUUGUGGUCGGUGUUCGUUGUACAUAGGUUAAUAGUACGAUAUUGUCUAAUUUGAA